UAAAUUAAGAUGCUGUGCGUCAGCUGACGGAGCGUUUGGGGAGUUCGCUGCGGCAAUUCAGUAUUUUUUUAAAACAAAAUAAAAUAAACGUCCUGUGGCGCGUCACGUCGCUGCCAUCAAAGAAGGAAAUCGCCUCAGUAAAUAUGCCGUCAGAGAAAUCCUUCAAACAGAGGAGGACUUUCGAGCAGAGAGUGGAAGAUGUGCAUCUUAUUCGUGAGCAGCAUCCCAACAAAAUCCCUGUCAUAAUUGAAAGAUACAAGGGAGAAAAGCAAUUGCCUUUGUUGGAUAAGACCAAAUUUCUUGUCCCUGACCACGUAAACAUGAGUGAACUGAUCAAAAUCAUACGAUGUGAAGUGCUGAAGUAUGCUGUCCAAAUGAGACGUCUGCAGUUAAAUUCAAAUCAGGCUUUUUUCCUGUUGGUGAAUGGGCACAGCAUGGUUAGUGUUUCCACACCCAUAUCUGAGGUGUAUGAACGCGAAAAGGACGAAGAUGGCUUCCUGUACAUGGUCUAUGCAUCCCAGGAAACCUUUGGAAUGGACACUGCACUGUAAUUGUAAUCUGGUUUGAAGUACCUCCCUCAAUGUUCCUGUAGUGCCCCUGCCAUAAAGCAUUGCAAACAUAAGGCAGCUUAGCCAGCUCAAUCAGGAAUGAGAAGAGGUAUCACAUACAUUUAAUUGGAAUUAAAAGCUCAUAGUGUAACUGCUGUCCUUUGCUUGUUAAGUUCUCAAAAUCAAGUACUGUAUUCUUGUAGAAGCUGUCUGCAGUCAUUUUAAGCCAAAUUCAAAUUGCUUUUAGAGUAUCUUUUAUUGGCUACAGACGCUUGUGUAAUUUGAGUAACCUUUCUAAAGCAAAAUGACUUUACAAAAUUAUCAGGAAUUAUCUAAAAUUCUAAAUUCAAUGGCGCUUCAAAAUGUGAAUUAUUGAAGAGCCUUUAAAUGGCUUGUUCAUAAAAUGGCUGCAUUUCUAACUAAUCACUAUUAUAUGUCCACCUACAUUCAAUAUCAAGUCUUUGGCAAGAGAUUUUAAAUGGCAGUGGAAAUACUUCAACUAGUAGUGUGCCUCCUGGGGGAAAAAAAAAAUGGUGAGUCAUGGGCCAUUCUUUAUGAAUGAAGGGCAGCCAAUAAUUAAUACAUAUUGGAUUCUAACAUAAGGAAAGGAUAACUUCUCAAUUUUACAAAGUCCUUCACAAUUUUCUGAAAGUAAGAAAUUAAUGCAGCGUAACCAUUUCUCAAUGUCUUCAAUAUCGCCAAAUCAUAGGAAUUAAAAAUGAAAACUUCAUUUGUGAAUAGCUGUUUUUGUCAGUUGUUUUACAAAUGUACUUAAUGUCCAGCUAUCCCUAUUCUUGCUAAGAAUAACUAACAGUUGAAAAAUUAUUACUCUCUAUAAAUCUGCAUUCUAAAUAUAUCCAGAAUGUGUCUAUUGUGAAAUUAUGGCAGAGCACCAGAAUAAAAAUUGAAUUAACUUCUGAAAGUGCAUCAUAUAUAGUCUGCAGAAAUAAACAUACAAGUAGUAAACAGCCAUUCCAUUCCAUCUUGGGUAAUGUCUUUAUAAAUGAUUAGAACUUUUUGUUUACCUGUAAUGAGAUUAAUUUAGCCUUAUUUUGAUGAUGGCAUGUCCUUGUUAUUGAUUUUUAACAGGAAAUGAGCUGGUGUACACCAACAUUCCCAUUUGUCAUAAAUUGGGCAUCUGUCCAUAUUUGGAGAGUUUGAUGUACAGAGUAUAUAAUAUAACCAGGCAUCCUGAUUUAUGAAUUUGCAUACUAGUCAUAACUUUGGUGUAUUCCACCUUUUUUUAAUGUGCAUCCAAAUAUUUUUAUUUUGUUUCCUAAUGGUAAGUAGUUUUUAAUUAGUAUCUUUACAGUAUACUUAAAGAACAUUAUUCUGAAUUUCUUAGACUAAUAGUCCUAGAAAUUUAAGAAUAUGAAAUUUAAAAUGUGCAUACCUUUUAUUUGUUAAUGUGUAAAUACUGAAGGCAGUUUUUCUUGAUUCACUGCUUUUGCUGCAUAUAUUAAAUACCUGAAAUAGUAAUUACCUGCUUUAUAUAUCCUGAAAUUACCUUGCUGUAAGGACUUGCAGGCACUGAAUCAUUACAAGGGUUAAUAACAUUCAAGUUUAUGGGCCACAUUAUUGCCUGGAAUUGUUGUAUCUUUUAGUUGUAAAUUUAACUAUUAGUACUGUCGACAUUUGAGGAGCAUCAGCUGCAUUCUGGAAUUCUUCAUAUAUGCUGCAGGUUAUUCAAACUAUUCCAAAGUGGUUAAAUAUGCAGUAUUUAUUAGGAUAUUUGGAACUGUUACAAAUUCACAUUCCAAAAGAUCUCCUAAACCAUGAGAUAUUUAAUAAGAGGAAUCAGUUGUUGCCAUAUUUUUCUACUGUCUGACAUACUCCAUUGUUAUCAGUAUAUCACCUGGUGUAUCCAUUGUGGACUUCAUUUUGAUUAUAUUGUUUUGAGUUUCUGAAAACAGAAUGCAACAAAUCCAAAAAUGUUCAACAGUGCUUUGGUUUUAGUUUUUUAAUUGUCAUUUUAUUUUUUACAUAAAUUUGAAAUACUUCAAUGACACUUGACCUAAUGUAUAUUUUCAAUAGUACAUAAGCAGAUUUAUGUAAUUUGUAAAUUAUAACUACUUUUAUUUUUAAUUGUAUUAUUUUGGAUCUGCUGUUGAGAAACCAGAACUGACAACUUGUAAAUAUACUGUGUAUGAUAUGCUGAGUAUGAGUUGUGUGCCUGAAUGGGAAGAUGCAUUUGCCCUUUUCAAAAUAAAUGAACAAUAUGAGA